AUGUGUUCACUUUCAGUAAUGUGUGUCUUGGGAUUAAUAUUCAUUGUGGGAAGUCACGUUGUAUAUGCACAAGACUCAUCAGCAGAUUACGUGAACGCCCACAACGCAGCAAGAUCUGAGGUUGGUGUUUCAGGUAUUGCCUGGGACGACACAGUCGCUGCUUUUGCCCAAAACUAUGCUAAUCAACGCAAAGAUUGUCAACUAAUUCACUCCGGUGGUGGUGGCCGUUAUGGGGAGAAUAUCGCGAUGAGCACCGGUGGCAUGAGCGGCACAGAUGCAGUGAAGUUGUGGGUUGAUGAGAAAUCUGACUAUGAUUAUAAUAGUAAUACAUGUGCUGCUGGUAAAGUUUGUGGCCAUUAUACUCAAGUUGUUUGGAGAAACUCAGUUCGUCUUGGAUGUGCCAAAGUGAGUUGUGACAAUGGAGGAACUUUCAUUACUUGCAACUAUGACCCACCUGGUAACUAUGUUGGCCAGAAACCAUACUAA